GCCCUCCCCGCGGAGGCGGGAAGGAGGGGAGCGCUGCCGGCCCCGGUGGUGCGGGCACCGGCAGCGGGAGCGGGGCUGCAGCCCGAGCCCGGCGGAGGGAUGGGGCAGCGGCGGAGCCCGGCCGUGCUGCUCCUCGCCCUGGGGCACCUGGCCGGGCUGCUGGCAGCCGGACCUGCCUGUGCCGGCGCUUACCGGGGCCUCUCGGACUGCGUCCUCAAGCUGGGGGACAGCAUGGCCACGUACGAGGAGGAGGAGGGCAUCGAGCUGCAGGGGCUGCACCGAGUCUGCCGGUAUUGGGAUGAAUUCCACACCUGUGCCCUGACAGUCCUCUGGGAGUGCCAGAAGGAAGCAGUAGCUGUCUGGGAGAUGCUGAGAAGGGAGUCCCAAAAAACCAAAUUUCAAGGCAGCUUGUUCGACCUCUGCAGCCCCAGCAUGGCCCAAAGCUUUGCCUGGACCCAUGUUCCCGACAUUUCCAUCCUCAGCAUCCCCCUCAUUGUCACUUGGCUGAACUUAUAAACUGCAGCUCUCUGAGUAUCCCAACAAGAGUGGUGGCAAUGUGUGGUGUGGCAUAUUUCAGAUCUGUUUUCCAAACCUUUGAGGAAUACACUGUGUGGAGCUCAGAAACUCCUGGCUCUAUUGUGCACCUGUGAGACAUGGAAGAGCUUGGCCACAUCUCCAGGGUGUUGACAUUUCUCUGUAAUUUGGAAUAACUCCUGUCCCCUUCUGCCUCGAGGCACAGGCACAGAUCUGGCUGUUGGGAGACUUGGGAACUUGUAAAUACAGGGCACAGGAUUUGGGGAGAAAUGAUAAAUUCUCGAAAAAGGAUGAAUGCUGGACACUUCUGCACUCUUCUAUGGCAACUGGAAGGAAACCUGUUUGCUUUGCUGACUCUCUCAACCAGAUCAACUCCCCAGGGUUUUAAUUUGGGCACUCAAAACAAGAUGAGUAUUUUUCUCACUGCUUCAUGAGGAUGGUGUCUGUCCUGCUACAGGCUGAAAGGAGACCUUACUGCCCUGUACUGGCCUUUCUUCUUUGAGGAUAUGUUGAAACCCCUGCUGAACAAUAAUCACAGUUGCAUGACUUCUCUUGCACUCAUCUGAAUUCCUGAGUAACUUCUGUGUUAUGUGUAAAUCCCUUUUCUAAGGUCAGAGGUGAAAAAUAUCUGGGGGGAGGAGUAUCAAGCUAAGAGGACAAAAGGGAUUUAUAGCAACUCUUCUGCUUUAAAGCUUUCCCCAAGGUACCUGUAAGCAGCUGUGGGUAGAAGUGUGUAAUUCCAGAGAAUUAAAGUUUGUUGUAGAGCCAACAGCA